GUGGACGCAUGCGCGGUCCAGACAAGUUACUGCACUGACGUAAACACAACUUGUCUUCCGGGUGUAUUCUUUCUCGUCGGUCAGUGAGCGUUCUUAACUAGGUUAUUUUCGCUGUUGUUUAACAUUUUUCAGCAAUAAUGAAUCGUAUAUUUGGCAGCGGGAAGCCUAAAGCCCCCCCUCCCAACCUGACGGACUGCAUCGGCACUGUCGAUUCUCGGUCAGAGUCCAUUGAGAAGAAGGUGGCCCGACUAGAUGCUGAGCUGGUGAAGUACAAGGACCAGAUGAAGAAGAUGAGGGACGGGCCCUCAAAGAACAUGGUGAAACAGAAGGCCAUGAGAGUUUUAAAGCAGAAGAGAAUGUACGAGGGCCAGAGAGACCAGCUCAUGCAGCAGUCGUUUAACAUGGAGCAGGCCAACUACACCAUUCAGUCCCUCAAAGACACCAAGACAACCGUGGACGCCAUGAAGGUUGGAGCCAAGGAGAUGAAGAAGGCCUACAAGAACAUAAAGAUUGACAAGAUCGAGGACCUCCAAGACCAGCUGGAGGACAUGAUGGAGGACGCCAACGACGUGCAGGAGGCCAUGAGCCGCAGCUACGGCACGCCCGACAUCGACGAGGACGACCUGGAAGCAGAACUGGACGCACUGGGAGAUGAGAUGAUGUUUGACGAGGACAGCUCCUACUUGGACGAUGCCUCCACCGCCCCCUCCAUCCCAGAAGGUCUGCCUGGGGACAAGUCCACCAGCCGGGACGGUGUGCUGGUGGAUGAGUUCGGCCUCCCCCAGAUCCCAGCCACAUAGGACGGCCCGCUGGGAUUUUACAUGUACCAAAGCCUUGUAUUUAACACUCCUGUCUUUCACCGCCAGCUCACAGGCGCCUUAAUGCUAAUCUUAAUUUAGCAUGCAAUAUAUUAUAUCGAGAAAUAAUUUAGUAAUAAUGUGAUUGUCUUUCCGAAGAACAAAUAUUCUGGCUAAAGUGAUUCUUGGAAGAAAAAAACGCCUUCUGUAAACUUUCUACUGCAAUCCAAUAAAUUAUAUUUUCGGACAACCCAA